UGCUUCUGUAUUUUGCUAUUUCAAUUGAACGAAACAGUCUUGAAAAUGUGAGCUGAACUGUGCCUUGAGGUGAUGUUCUCUGUAGUUACACUUAUUAAACUGAAUGUCUUGUAAAUAGGAGCUUUUGUAUAGGUUUAAAUGCUAACUCAAGGCAUUAGAUCAUUGUAUAGCACAUAGCACUAUGGACUUCACACAUUCAGCAACUGUUUAUGCAGCAUGAAUAUUCAUGUCUUCAUUUAAAUAACUGUAAAUGAACCAACACUCUGUAAAUACUGAGGAUAAAUGUUUUGUGAACGUCGUCCUCCUCAGUGUUGUGGAAACAGUUUCAUGCAUUUUUAGGAAUGCUUUUAUUUUGGAUUGUCAUUUUCCUAAUGCAUAUAUUUAUAUGCAUAAUAUGCAUCACAUUUGCACAUAAAUUCAGCACCGUUUUGUAUUGAUGCAGAGGACAGUUAGAGGACUCUCUCAAUCACCUGAUGUACAAAUGGAGAUUAUGAAGGUGCCGAGCUGUUCGUCGUUUGGUUUCUGGAGUUUGCUCGUUUUUUGUAGUCUGUUUGUUAUUGCAAAUGCAAAUAUCCACCAGGAUGAGGAUGAUGCAUGGAUUGAUCCAUAUGACAUGCUCAACUACGACCCGACGACAAAGCGCAUGAGAAAACCCACAGAGUCUGCCAGUUACCCAAAUGUGCCAACCAAGAGGAGGGAAUUCAGCUCAGACUCCUGUGAAGUGCAACAGUGUCCUGAUGUGUUUGACUGCACCAUUAAACUUGGGAUUUUGCAAAAAGAGUUUGAUGAACAGAAAAAGAAGGAGACCACCACCUCUAUAAAUCCAGUGUGUCUUCCAGUAUUCAAGCGAUUCCUUUCCAGGCUCCUUAAAGAAACUUCAAAACUUGGCCUGCCUGAUGAUGGACAGACAUCCAUGCAUUAUGACGCUGAGGUGAAGCUGUCCAAGCAGUCGCUGAUGGAGAUCCAGAAGCUUUUGAAUGAAGAGAACGACUGGACCACUGGAGCCAUGGAUGAGGCUCUCAGUCAAAUUCUGCUCAGAUUCAAACUCCACGACCACGAAGCCUGGAAGUGGCGUUUCGAAGAUACAUUUUAUGUAGAUGCUGAUACCGCUCUGAAGGUUUCUUUGAUUGUUCUGAUUGUCGUAGCCAUAAUCAGCACUGAGCUCUGGUCUGUGGUCUGCUGGUUUGUCCAGUUCAGAAGAAUGUUUGCUGUGUGCUUUUUUAUUAGCUUGAUCUGGAACUGGUUCCAUCUUUAUAUGGUUUCCUUUGCAGAACACAAGAAGAACAUUGUGGAGGUGGAGAGCUUCAAUGGCAAAUGCACUGGGCUGAAACAACUGGACUGGAAGGACAGUUUAUCAGAGUGGUACAGACGGACAUGGACUCUUCAAGAUGAUCCUUGCAAAAAGUAUUACGAGGUCCUUGUGGUGAACCCCAUUUUGCUUGUGCCUCCAACAAAGGCUAUCACGGUCACCAUAACCAGUUUCAUCACGGACCCCUUGAAGCAAAUUGGACAGGGAAUCAGUGAGUUCCUCAGAGCCCUGCUGAAGGAUCUACCAGUCACUCUCCAGUUACCUGUGCUGCUCAUCAUUGCACUCGCCAUCAUUAUGUUCAUGUAUGGAGGUGCUCAAGCAGCUAUACAUCAAGCAGUUAACUUUCCUCGGCUCGGUGGGCGACGGGACCCGCCGUCUCCUGCUGUAGGACAGCGCCAAGCUCCUCAACUAAGGGAGCAUGAGGAAGCUUGGGAAGGGGGUGACACUCCACAGCCACUGCAGGUGCACCAGGACAAUAGAAACAGAGUAGACCAAGCAGGUGACCAGGGCAUCAGGGCAGGAGAUGCUCUUGCCCCACAAAACAGACAGGAGGACAGAAGCAUGGAACUCCGACAGGAAUUUUCUGGCAUUCCCAGAGAGACUCAGAGAGUAGAGACUGUGCGUGCUACAGGUAACAUGUCCAGUGAUGAUGAGACUGAUUUUCAGCAGCGGACAGAGGAGGUGGAUCCUGGUACAAAGGAAAAUGCAGAGCCUGAAGUGAAAGCUGAGGAAAAAGAGAAAACGGCAUCUACUGUGGACAAAAAAGAACAGAAAGACACACGGAGUGCAGACAGAAGUGAGCCUGAAACCAAUGUGCCUUUGGCUCAAACAGUUGGAGCUAAUCAAGGGAAUGAGCACUUUAUGUGCACUAAAAGGAAAUUGGCUGCUCAAAAUGACCUGAAGCUGCAGGUUACGGUUUGCAAGCUGAACAUUGUUUGUCUGUCAUUACAGCUACAAUUAUAUGAUGGUUGAUGUUAUAUUAAAUUGUCUGUGAUUCUGUUGCAUCUAUGUUAAUUUGUUUAUAUUUGUGUAUGUUGUCAAUAGUGCCAGUAUUCAUUACAUUGUGCUUGUACUGUAUAUCCCAUCAAACCUGAAGCAAUUUCAUAAAUAAACAUGUCAAAUACAUAAU